AUGGUCCACUGGACCGGACAGUGGUGGGCAUGCGUCUGGUUCCAGACUGUGCUGGCCUUUGCCCUGGGCAACUGUGCGUCAUUGGCCCCCAGCCCUGUCAACUUCUCUGUUGUGUACACAAUGCCUUUCUUCCAAGCUGGGGGUCCCAUCCAAAACAUAGUCAACAACUCAUUUUACCAAGAAGUGUACGUGGCCUCUAAGAAUGUGAUUGAAGCUGUCAACAGAAGCCUGGAGAAGGUGUGGGAGCUCCGCACUGGGCCAGUGGGGGGCUCAGAGUGUCACAUAUGCAAUUUGUGUGAGAUUGACAAGAAUCACAACUUUCCAGAGGACACAGACAAUCAGGUGUUGCUGUUGGAUACACUCUUUAUGUAUUUAUAUUCUUGUGGAAGUUCUCAGUAUGGCAUAUGCUAUUUCCACCAGCUGAACCCAAAUGGAGAGCCACCCUCUCUUUCAAAGUGUUUGUUCAGAAAGGGCUCAAACUCUGCUGCUAACUGUCCUGACUGUGUGGCUAGCCCUCUUGGUACGAAAGUCACAAUGGUGGAGGAGGGUCAGACUGUCUAUUUCUUUGUCGCGGCCAGUGUUAAUGACAGUGUCACUCAGCGUUACGGCAGGAAGUCUUUAUCAGUUCGCCGACCACUGGCCACAGAAGAUGGUUUCUUCAGUGAUGUGCGUGGUCUGACUGUCCUUCCCAGCCUGCGAAAGACAUACCAUAUUGAAUAUGUCUACAGCUUCUUCACUCAGGAGUUUGUGUACUUCCUUUCAGUCCAGAGAGAGAGCCCAGAUCAGGAAUCGUCACCUUUUCAGACUCGUCUGGGACGUCUCCCGAGGAACGAAUGGGAAAUGAAGCGGUAUCGCGAGUUGAUCUUGGAGUGUCGCUUUGAACCAAAGCGCAGGAGGAGGAACGUAGCCAGUGAACCUUAUAAGGAUAUUGUGUACAACGUGGUCCAAGCAGCCCAUUUUGGCAAAGCAGGCAGAGAGCUGGCAGAGGAGUUAGGAGCGGAGGAAGAGGAUGACAUCCUCUAUGGUGUUUUUGCUGUCACUGACGACAACGGAGUCACAGAGCAUGACUCUGCCCUGUGCGCCUUCCCCAUGGACAAUGUGAACAAGGCAAUUGCUGAUGGGGUGGAUGACUGCUGUGAGUCUGGCCCUGAGCAGCUCUCUAGAGGGCUCUGCCAUUUCCAGCCCUGUGAGAGCUGUCCGCAUGAGAGCAUGGAGAACAAUGCCACAUGCAGAGACCAUCCUACCAUGGUGUCAAAGCCCUACUACAGAGUGGACCUGUUCAACAGGAAGAUGACAAACGUCCUGCUCACAUCUCUCCUGGUCACAACUAUAGAGAACAAGACCGUGGCCCACAUUGGUACCUCGACCGGACGCCUGCUUCAGCUUGUGCUGACAAGAUCCAGCCCUGUCAUCUUUGCCAAUUACUCCUUGGUAGAAAACCAGAGGGUCUCCUCCAUUGCUGCUGUGCAUUCUUCAGAAUAUCUUCUCUUUGUGGUUGGAGACAAGAUGAUCCAGGUGCCCCAAAGAGGACCAGGCUGUCAACACUUCCUGACUUGUGCCAUGUGCCUGACUGCCCCAAAAUUCAUGGGCUGUGGCUGGUGCUCUGGAGUGUGCUCGUGGGAGAGCGAGUGCCACAAUCGCUGGAGAAACGAGUCCUGCCCACCUGGGAUCUCCGGAUUCUUUCCACGGACUGCUCCCCCUGAUGGUCAAACAGAGCUAACGCUGACUGGGUGGGAGUUCCAGUCGCCUUUGAGACCUGCUAUCACCUCCAGAACCCACCAGAUCCGACUGGGACAGACGUCCUGCACUGUGAUUCCAGUCAAAAGCAACAACACACACUUGGUGUGUAAGAUUCGCUCUGGGGCUACUGAGCUGUUCAAACCAGUCAACAUUACAGUGGAAGUGCAUGAGGGCAAAGUGGAGGGACGCUACUCUAUUGAAGGGAAGGCAGAAAUGCCAGGAUUCACGUUUGUGGUUCCCAACAUCACAGAAAUCCAGCCCAACUAUGGCCCUCGUGUUGGGGGCACACUUAUCACAGUGAGUGGGCCUCACUUAGAUGCUGGAAAGACCAGGAGAGUCACUCUUAACGAUGUGGCCUGCGACAUAAAAAGGGUUACAGCGCCUAAAGGCAACGUGUCUUCCAUCAUUUGUUUGUCCAAAGAAAUCUCAGAGGUGAGAGAUGUUCCUCUGAGUGUGUUCAUUGACAAGUCUCCUGUUCUCACAACAAAGGUGUUUUACUACAAGGAAAAUCCAAAGAUAACAGACGUCCGGCCUGACUGUAGCUUUGACAGAGGUUCAAAGAUUGUCAUUGAAGGGGAGAACCUGGAUUCUGUUUACCGCACCAUCAUCCGCUUUAAACCCAAUGAGAGCCACCUGAAAUCUGUGUCAACGGAGUGCCUCGGCAAGUCUUUACCCACACGGAUGGAAUGCAUGACCCCUGUUUUCCACAGGGAUGAAACUGUGGAAGGAUCGCUAUCUUUUGAUAUGGAUGGAGCAUCAAGCCUGUGGAGCAAAGAGUUCUCCUAUCACCCCUACGGCGAGCCCAUACCUUUUGAAACAGAAGGACAUGUUCUAAAUUUGUACCCUGGGUUUGAUGAGGUGUCACUACAUCACCAAAAGCUGAACCUGGUGAGCUCCUGCAUGACCAUCAUUAUGACGGUGGCAGGUGUUGAUUGUGGUGCUAAAGUCCUGGAUAAUGAGAUAACCUGCAGGAUCCCCAAAAACAUGACCAUUCCUAGUGAGGGACUACCAGUGAAGAUCUCCAUCAACGGACAGGUUCACAACGUUGGCACAGUGGUGAGGGUCAGCAACCAUUACAUGGUGGGGAUCGUUUUGGGGAUCCUGGCAGCUCUGGUGGCCGGGGCGGUGCUGGCCUUUGUUGUCAUGAAACACUUAAGGAAGAAGAAGAAAGCCUCCAUGGCAGAGUCACAUUUAACCCACAGUGCUAACCGCUGUGUUACAAAUAAUGUGGAGAUGUCACCUGUUGGAGACUACAGAAGAGUAGUAUCGCUAAGUCCUCUCACCCCCUUGGUGGGGCCGGUAGCAUUCCCCAGCCUGACCUAUGCUGGAGGUCGCAUAGAUCCGACCCUCACUCCCCUCCUUCCUACAGAAAAGAUCCCUAUCACCAGUUUUAGGCCAGAGCUGCUGGAAGAGGUGAAAGAUGUUCUUAUUCCUGCUGAGAUGCUUGUUGUCCAGAAACAUCGGAUUAUCGGAAAAGGUCAUUUUGGAACCGUCUAUCACGGCUACUUCACAGACUCCAACAACAGAGAAAUCCACUGUGCUGUCAAGUCUUUGAAUAGAAUAACAGAUGUGGAAGAGGUGGAGCAGUUUCUGAAGGAAGGCAUCAUAAUGAAGGGCUUCCAUCACAGCAAUGUGCUCUCUCUGUUGGGCAUCCUCCUGCCACAGGAAGGGCUCCCUCUUGUGGUUCUGCCAUACAUGAAACACGGGGACUUGCGGCAUUUCAUACGCUGCGAGAAGAGGAACCCCACUGUAAAGGAUCUGAUUGGCUUUGGGCUGCAAGUUGCCAAGGGGAUGGAGUAUUUGGCCCAGAAGAAGUUUGUGCACAGAGAUCUCGCUGCACGCAACUGCAUGCUGGAUGAGUCGUACACGGUGAAGGUGGCGGACUUUGGCAUGGCCAGAGAUGUUUUCGAUAAGGAAUAUUACAGUGUUCAGGACCACAGGAAGGCUAAACUGCCUGUCAAGUGGAUGGCCAUCGAGAGUCUGCAAACACAAAAAUUUACCUCCAAGUCAGACGUGUGGUCCUUUGGUGUUCUGAUGUGGGAAAUGCUGACCAGAGGAGCAAGCCCCUACCCAGAGGUGGACCCAUACGAUAUAACGCACUAUUUACUGAAGGGCAGGAGGCUUCCUCAGCCACAGUACUGCCCUGACCCUUUGUAUAGCAUUAUGCUCCAGUGCUGGGACCCGGAUCCAGAUAUGAGGCCCAGCUUUGCUACACUGGUGUCAGCUGUCUCCACCAUACUGUCUGGCCUGGAAGGAGAGCACUACAUCAGUCUGAAUGUCACCUACGUCAACCUUGACCAGCCUCAUCCCUAUCCUGCCCUGACUGAUGCUGAAGACUCGGGCUCAGUGUCUUCUUGAUUCACCUCCCCCUACUUACCCCCUACUUUAAACUGGUUCUGGUGCUAAUAGCAGGCGCACAAAAAAACCCAAAAAACUUCCGUCUCAUUUACACCAGUGUCUUUUACCUCAGUGGAUUUGAAUCAGAAAUGCUGCUUUUCACCGGAACAGAAU